UCGAUAUCCGAAAGGACGGGGGCGGGGUUAUCUCCCGGCCUGAUAAAGGCAGAUGGAGCCUGGGAAUCGGAGUGACAGCGAACACCGUACCUUCCCAGCGGAGAACGGACAGGGAUGGACAAUGGAGUCCAAGGGGCCCACUUUAGAGAAGAAAGGACCGUAUCUGAUGGGCAAAGCUCCAACCCUCCAGGCUAAGCUGCAAAGGCAACGAGACCUGGCACGAGCAGCGCUUAAGAAAAAAGGCAUGCUGGGAGGAGCCGGAAAAGUCAAGGCUACAUCUAAAAGCAGGUCGGUAAAGUUUAACAAGGGAUAUGCAUCCCUGAGCCAAGCCUCUGAUGAAACGUUGGUAUCUCUGGAUUCAGACAGUGAUGCUGAAUUGGAGUCUAGAUGUUCCUCUGGCUAUUCCUCAGCAGAGCAGGUCUCACAAGAUCUUAACAGACAGCUUCUCCAGGAUGGCUAUCAUUUGGAUGAAAUUCCAGAUGAUGAGGAUCUGGAUUUAAUACCUCCAAAGCCUGAUCGCUCAUUGUCUUGCCCAUGUUGCUUCGGGGAGUCUUGGUCCUGCUCCAUUCAGUGAACUGGCAUGGCUAGGGGGGGGGUGCACUAAACCUGAUGACAACCUCUAGCCGCGUCUUCCACAUGAUCAGAGGCCAGACAAAGCUGGGCUUGGAGAUGAUGUAUGUGGGAUGUUUGCUGCGCCCCUCAACAAUUCUAGAAGCUUUUCCAAAGAGGAUAAAAGUGUUCCAUGCACUCAAGAACACGGAUUGUGAUCUAUGAAAUGAUCUUGCCUACAGACCUUAAACUAUUAACAUUCUUUUUCGACAAUCUUGGCUUUGUUACUUCCUACAGAAGCACUUGGUCCACGUGGCAAAAGCUGUUUUUUCUUCAACUUGUAUGGAAACUGUUUUCAAAUGUUACAAGGAGGAUGUCUUCACACACCUACAUUUCCUGGAAGAGGCUUGGGGAAUGGACAUUGGUUGCCUAUGGGUCAUGUGCCUUUAUCAUUUAGUGUGUGUGUGUUUUUUUUUUUUUGUCUAACUGGCUGUUUUGGUUACCAUAUUGUUACAUAGGGUGCAUGGCUCUGACCUCAAGUCUUUUUUGUUACCUUGCUAAUCCGGUUUCGGAUGAGUGACAUUUACUGGCCAUAGUCUAUGUAGAAAUACUGACAGAAGUAGCAAAACUGUUUUGUCUGUAAACACCUUCCUUUUUUUUUUUUUUUUUUUUCCCCUCUUUUACUUCUUUUAUUUGUUAGAAGUUAAGGAAAUGUCAAAAUACACUAAAUGGAAGCUCUGAAAAGGGCUUAAAAUUGCAUUUUGUGAAUGUUGGACGACUUAAGUUUGGUGAACAAUGGUAUUCAGUAUUAAUGUAGCCAAUUGAGUAUACCAAGAAUAAGCUGAACUAGUCACUGACAAAUGAAUUUGUAAUAAGACAAGCAGAUGUA